AUUUACAUAGUCAGCGCGAGCACGUGGAGAGGGCUCCUCUCCGAGGGUGUGCUGUUGUCCCGCGGCGGCACGGCUUGUGAGUCUUCACCUUGGACUUCGUGGUCUCCCAGUGUGCUUUCAGUGGCCCUCAGCUGUUCGAAAGUUGGAGUUCAUGCCAAAAUCGAGAACGCGAGCCGCAGGUAGCGCCCCGCACCUGACUGCACUCUCGAGAAAGUUGAGAAACUCCGGCGGACGCUCUUCGGAUGUCUCGAGCGGCGUUGUGAGCAUGCGCCCCACGUAGCGCUGCUCCAAAUUCAAACCUGGGGACCUCCCCGAGCCUCCUUCACGCGACGAGUUAGAUUGGGCCGCAAAGGGCAAGUCCAGUAUGGUGGACAGGGGCCCCUUGCUGACCUCCGCGAUCAUCUUUUACUUGUCCAUCGGAGCGGCGAUUUUCCAGGUGUUGGAAGAGCCCAACUGGCAGAGAGCGGUGGACGACUACAAGCUGAAAAAGUCGCAGAUCAUCAAGGACUUCCCGUGUCUGACCCAGAAGGACCUGGAGAGGAUCCUCGAGGUGGUGUCUGAGGCUGCUGGUCAGGGGGUCACCAUCACUGGGAACCACACGUUCAACAACUGGAACUGGACCAAUGCGGUCAUUUUUGCUGCUACGGUGAUCACCACGAUAGGCUAUGGGAACAUCGCCCCCAAGACGUCCCCAGGCCGGGUCUUCUGCAUUUUCUACGGGCUGUUUGGUGUGCCACUCUGCCUCACGUGGAUUAGCGCUCUGGGCAAGUUCUUUGGUGGAAGGGCGAAGUACCUGGGCCAGUUCCUCACCAAGCGGGGUAUCGCCCUGAGGAAGGCUCAGAUCACCUGUACCGCUGUCUUCAUCAUCUGGGGGGUGCUCAUCCACCUGGUGCUCCCACCCCUGGUGUUCAUGAAGACUGAGAACUGGUCGUACAUCGAGGGGCUCUACUACUCCUUCAUCACCAUCGCCACCAUCGGCUUUGGAGAUCUGGUUGCUGGCGUCAACCCAGACAUCGAGUACCACGUCCUGUAUCGAUACUUCGUGGAGCUUUGGAUCUACUUGGGCUUGGCAUGGCUGUCCCUCUUCAUCAACUGGAAGGUCAGCAUGUUUGUGGAAGUUCACAAAGCUCUGAAGAAACGGAGAAAGCGGCGCAAGGAGUCUCUGGAGGACAGUCCGCACCAUCAGCGCAAGAAGCCGGCCCUGCACCUGGCCACCUCCGAGGACGUCAACAUCUUCACCUUCCUUUCCAAGAAGGAGGAGGGCUACAACGACCUGAUCAAGCAGAUCGGCUCCGAGGCCCUGAAGAACAGCGGCCCGGUGGGCAGAAGUACCAGCUCCAGUAGUAAGAUCUUACGGUUCGACCGCUCUCCCAGGCACAGCCGCACCCUGAGUCGGCGAGACGUGACCAUCUUCUCUCCGAACUUCACGUUCGACGACUCGGCGUCCUUGAAUGGUGUGGAGAACCGGGAGCAACUCCUCCAUCCGCUUCGUGAAAGCAAAGACCCGGAGCUCAAGGACAGGAACUUCGAGAACCAGCUGGACAAAAGCCGCGACGACCAAGGCCGGUGGGACGGCAACAGUUACCAGCCCCUCAUUUUCCAGAACAACAACAUCACCUUCAUCGAUGAAGAGAACCUCUUGGAGGAAGAGCGGAAAGGCAAGCUGUCACUCGAAGACAACGAGAUCGAGCUGCACGAGGUGGCCGUGUCCGAGUCGGAGGGCUCCUCUGUCUUCACCAUCGACAGCUCGGAGCGCUCCCUGUCCUACGAGCGCUUGGUGGAGGAAUACGCCAAGGACGGUAGGCCACAUUUGCUGCCUUUGACAUGACUCUGCCACCCCACCGGCCACCGCCCUGCUGCUGAUCACUUUGGAACGCUUUGGAUUUUGCACAUCUGGUCAGUGGAGACCUCAAGGACGUCGCGUGUGAUUUGGGGCUGCAGUCUGGGACUCCACGCUGUCCUGCUGCAUCUCGAUUGUCGCUGCUGGGGCAGAAGUGGGGACGCCACAGCGGCCUGCCCCCCAACGUUGAUCUGCAGUCCUGCCACACGUUUUUAUUUCCUGAAGGCACAUCUCGUACGAUAGGAACGCCUGCCUUGAACUUCACCAAAACGAUUUCUGUCCAAAGACCAGGCGCUAGUCACCUGGACUGCAACGGUUUUAACACCUUGGAGUGGGCCUGAGGUUUGAAAAGAGGGUCUUGGCCGAUGAGGUCGUCUUCUGACCCCAGUCUGCUGGCAGACUGCCCACCCCGGGCUCUCUCGAUGACCUCCGGCCCCCCGAGUCCUCACCAGCUAACGGUUGUGCUGCUUUUAGAUUCUCUCUCUCUCUCUGUUUUUAAAAUGUCUGCACUUUGGUGACCUGCCUCGGUGCCAGGGGGGCCGCUCUGGUGGUCCCGACCCAGAAGUCUGAUGUUUCCCAGUGAGGCCUUUGGCUCUGCACCGAUGCCAAGUCUCCUAAAUGUGCCCCUCGCCCUUGUCGGGGGUUAUGCUCUCAAAGCCGCGUUUGUUGCCACCCUGCCGGCGUGUUGAGAUCUGCCAGUCGUGUCCCACCUGUCGGUUUUUCCCGUUUUAAGCCCCAAGCCUUCCGACUGCAGGAACCUGCCGAGUUGCAAGCUGUGACAGGAACGGCGAGGGCCGCCUAAUUCAAUGACCUGGCCCCCCAGCCCCCCCGUGUGUGUGGUGGCCCGGGUGGGCUCAUUCAGUCGCCGUGUGAGGAAACUUCUGGAAAAAUUCUGGGGCUUCCAGUGCUCCUAGAGAAUGUGGGCGCUGACGGUCUGGGGGGCGGCUUAGGUGUCCCCAGGAGAGGGGGUCCAUUAUUAGGAGGUGGGGGGGCAUUUGUCAUCAGAAAGGGCUAUAAAAGGCCCAGGGGAUUAGGAAGAGUAUGGGGGGCAUUAGGAGGGUCUUUAUUAAAGGCCUGUUUCGGGUUGAGGAGUCAAGGGUAACAAUUAAGUGACACUUAGGGACCCUUAUGGCAGACAUGGGGGGCUUAUGAACACUUUUUAAAUAGUCGGCGGUUUUCGUUCCCGCUCUCCUCUCCCGCUAACUUGUGCUUUAAUGUUCAAGAACUUGGGGGUCCGCAGCUGUGGCUCUAAGUGGUGGAAUGGUCUGUAACUGGGGGGCUUAGGCUGGCAGCAGGGUGAAGUAUGGGACCCUCCGGUGAGGGCACAUUCAGUGUCCAGUGCCAUGAAUUGUGAAGGCUUUCGGGGGAGCAAAGAUAACAAAAUGUCUUGAAUAAGUUUGGGGGUCUCCCACACAAAAGGGGGAAUUUAAAAAGAAGUAUGCAAGCCCCCCCCCCCUUUAAAUGGAGAGCAUUACUAAGUAUUGGGGGGGCUUACAGUUUGGGUUCUGUUAUCAGGUUUACAUUCUGUUAGAGGGAGCUCUGGAAAACCUUCAGACCUGAAGCCUCUAAUGGGGGGGGGGCUUUUUAAAGGGUCUGCAGUAGGGGGGUCUUUCUUAGGGGUCUCCAUCCUGCCAUUCUCGUCGUACUUGGUGGGGUUAUUAGUGAGUCCUUCAUCCGUUAAAGGCCAUCCAACUGCAGGGCUGGCACAAGGGUACCAUGGAGGGGGGUUAAAAGUGUGGGACCCUCUACUGAGGGGCGUGUCCAGUAUGGUGACUUGCAAACGUUUUUUUAGUGGGGGUCUCUCAUCGAGGGUCCUUAUUUUAAACAAAGCAAAAAAAAAA